GGCAUGACGGCACUCGGACCACACGGGAGGUGUACGAGAUGGUAAAAGCGGCGCAGAACGACAACAUCGUCGACGUGCACUACACAUCAGCCGACCAGCAGCACCUGCAUGUCGUCAUGGAGUGGCUGGACGGACCGACACUACUCAGCUACCUGUGCAGCCACCACCCGAUGCCACUCGACACCGUGCGCCUCGUCACGAAAGGCGUGCUGCGGGCCCUCCAAUUCAUCCAUGACAACGAGGUGAGCGAAUUGAGGCUCGGUUUGGUUGCAGCAUCACAACUGCUCUGACGUCACGUCAUGAUGCAUUGUCUUAAUGGCACUACUACAGCCAACACAGCAUUCGCCCGGUGCUUCCUCGCUAGUGCAUCGGCCUGUGGUGCCGCGGACCAAAGCAGGAGAGUUACUGCAAGUCGUCGCUUUCCUCGAAUUCCUAGCAGGAUCCACUUGGGUUUCUGAAACAGCGCUACGGUGAUGCCCACUCUCUCAAGACCAUGAAGCAUGCUACCUCUUCUCGUCGGCCAGUGACAUGUGGGGCGCUGGGGUGAUCAUGUGAGUGACAGAUAGACAAACGGAGAGCACCCACACUUCAUUAAUUACCAUCCAUCCUUUCUUGGUCGUGUUGUUGAUCAACCAACACACAGCGACCUGUGCAGGUAUCGGUUGUUGAUGAAUCGUUAUCCGUUUGAGGUCGCUGGGUUUGGCCCGCCACGAUGAACUGCAAAAGAUCGAGGAGGUGAUUGAUUGAGGUAACCGCACCGCACCGCACACGAACUCUGUGCAUCGUCAUCUUUACCUGUGUGUUGCCUUUCUCUCUCUCUCUCUCUCUCUCCCGGUUUGUGUGUUAGGUAUGGUUUGCGGUAUUCGAUGCGCGAGAAGACAGUUCCCGAGCUGCUGAAGAUGGCGUGGGCGGUGGGCCUUUGGGACGACGCCGUCUCCCUUCACCUGCUCAACACCAAGAAGCCCAACUAUCAUAGAGAAUAUUUUGGAUGAUCAAUCAAUCGGAGAGAGAGGCAACACCAUCGACGCACCCAUGCAGCAGGACCACGAGGCCUGCGAUCUCAUCCAUCGCCUACUCGCCCAACACCCCCACAAUUGCACCCCCACGGAUCUGCUGCUCAUUCUUCUGUGUGUGUGCUGACUUGUGUCGUGAGUGCAGCAGUCGCUGAAGGUCGCGGAGCACAAGCAGUCGCCCAAGGUGCGGCAGCUCCAUGCACAAUGAUAUCCAUCGUGAGUGACUGGUGUAAGUAAGUGUGUUGUGGUGGUGGCUGUGCAGAAGCUCGGCACACUCGACAAGAUUCCAGAGGAGAGGCAGGAGGGCAUCGGCAAGGUAGGUAUGGACGUGUGUGUGCUCUAUCUGUCCCUUGUCUGUCGUGUGCACUCGGUGCUCCUUCUCUGUGUCUGUCGUGCCUGUUGGCACCAGCAGCAGGUGGCGGCCAAGACGACGCCUCUCGUGAGUCAGGUGGUGACCAAGAAGACUGUGGCGUACGUGGUGCACCCACCAGUGUUGAGCGAAGUGGAAGGAUGGAGGGAUGCAUGGUUGGGUGUUCCACACUCGUGUCUCGCUGGUGCGUGGUUGGGUCUUCCACACUCGCCCUCGCUGUUUAUCAUCAGUUCAUGCCCCCCCGUGUCGUCAAGAGGAUCACAACGAUGCCCGACACCAAGUGCCCGGUAAGCCCAUCAUCCCUGAGUAUACACACACGCCACACACGACUGCUUUCUGUUAGGACACAGUUCACCUACGCCCCUGUGCGAGUGACGAGUGGCUGGCUGACUGGCUAACUAUCAUACUAUACAGCCAGGCCGAUGGCCCAUCUGCCGCCCCCAUCCCCGCACCCACCCCUCCUGCAAACAUCGACGCGUCGGCUGCUCCCGCACAGAACCGAGGUAUCGUCGCCGACCCCUCACCAUCCAUCCCCACAGACGAGCAGCAGGGCCGCACCAUCGGCGGCGGCAUGCCGGGCAUCCACGAGGAGGGCACAUUGGGCGGCGGGGCAGGGCACGAGCGUCGCAGUGGAGAAGAGGGCGGCAUGCUGCAGAUCGGCAGGGGCGGGGGCCUCACCCCCACCCGCCCCACUUAG